AUGGCACGUUCCGGAGCAUGGGACGGCUCCGAAGUCCAUGAAGACCACAUCGACUUUCUCCGCCAGACGCGGCGGCUGCCCGGCAAGGACUACAUGAAGGUUCGCCUCGCGUCGGAGAGGGAGAUAUCGCCAGCGCCGGAGGAGGUUCUGCCUGUCCGACCUGACCAAUCGGCCUUUGAACAGAGCCCCCUCCUCCAGCCGGCUGCCGGCGCCGCGGGGACGGAGCGUCAAUUCCUUCCCGACCGAGCGGAGAGCGACGUGGAUGACCCCGACUUGGGGGCGGCGGCCUUGGAGGACGACGCCGAGGGAGGAGGCGGUGGAGCAGGCGGCUCAGGGCUCGAAGCCGGCCUCGAGGAUUGGCCCGACGAUGAUGCGGGGGAAGUCGCCCCGCGCCACCAGCCAGGGUCCUACCGGUCGGGCGCGAGCUCAUCUGCCGCGCCGGAUGCCCAAGGUGGUGCAAAAAAACACAGGGCCGCGCCAAGCAUGUUUGGCAGCCGGCCGAAGAAACCCAGGGGCUCGGCCGCGGCGACUAAGCGGGACGAAGCGGCCGCGAAGGCCCUCCGCUUUCGCAAGCCGGUGAAGGAGCCGCAGCUGGUUUCCGCGGCUCCGCUUACUCUUGAGAAGUCGGCCGCCGCCUCCAUCGUGCGGUCGGCGGAGACUUCCACCACCACUCGGCGGAUCGAUCCGGCCACCGACCUCCGGGAGGCGACGGAGCGGAACACGCGGGAGGCGCGUGAGGAGCAGGGAGCCGCUCGCCUGGAGAACGCGAAAGCAGAGAAGGCGGAGGCUGCCGCCCUGAAUAAACUGGCGGAGGCCGAGGCAGCCGACGCGGCGAAGAAACAGGCCGAGGAGGCCGCGCGCCGCCAGUCGGCGAUACCCGUCACCCCCUUGAGCUCGGUGCCGCCACCGCCGGAGUUCGUGGCACAGACUGGGGAAGCCGGCGGUGAGCACCCUAUCAUGGAGAGGGACAGCGGCGACGUCGCCAUCCCGGACGUAAUCGUGCCCCGGCCACCGCCUUCUGAGGGGGCGCGAGACAAGCAGCCGGCCGACCCGCCGACACCACCAGCCGGGAACGAGAUGGUGAUGGGCCCGACUCCUCGGGUCCGCACGCCCUUACGCCGCCGGCUCGUGAAGGCGGCCUCGGCGCCACGCCCGCUGGAGACCGGCGCCGCAAGCUCCUCGAUCCCGGAUGCCGAGGCGUCCAGCGCCGCGCCCGUCGAGUGGGUGCAGGGAGGCGGAACGGGUCCGCUGAAUCGGGCGCUCCUAGACGUCCAAGCCAAACUCCGGGCCGAGGCCAAUGCUCUCAAGCGCUGCAACACGGCGUUUCUGGACUCACGAGAGGCCAUCCAGGAUUAUCACAACCUUCGCGUAGCCGCCUUUAACUCCAACGUCCAGGAGCUGGGUCAGCGGACCGCCGACUUGUUGGAGAGCCGGAAGGCCAACGCCAUCCUACAGCAGCAGCUGGGGGAAGCCAACACCGUGUUGCGUGCCAAGGAGGCGGACCGCAACAAGCUGGCCGGGGAGCGUGACCGGCUGCUCACGCAACUGGCGGAGCGGGCGGAGCUUCUCAAGAAGGACCAGAAGGAGGCGGAGGACAAGGAGACCAGCCUCCUUGCCGAGUUCGCGACCGAACGCUCCGCCUGGACCGACAAGGAAGCGAUGCUGACUGCCGCCUUUGGCGAGAUUGAGGACAUAGUUGAUGACUUUUUCCCUGGUCAUUCUGACCCCGCCAAUCAGGCCAUCGAAGUUGAUCGUGAAGGGCGGAGGGCGGAAGAGACCCAGGAGGAUCUGAUGUUGGUGGAGGAUGAUCUUGUCAAGCGUGCGGCGGCAAUCACCGAGUACACCAACACCAGCGUCUUCAUCCCGGAGCGGGCCGAGACCGGCGCCGAGGCGCCACCAGAAUGUCUCGACGAACUUGUUAACUUUGCACAAUUCCACCCGCGGGGUGUAUUUCUGACUUAUGUUGAAUGUCGGCCAAGGGCCUUUGCUAUGUAA